AUGUCUGAUGAUGAGCUUAUAGAGACGGGAUUGUUUGCGGAGCCAGAAGGGUUCACUCCUCCCCCACCAGCUCCACAUUUUGCCAAGUAUCAAAGAAAGAAUAAAACCGAUCCAGCAGAACUCGAAUUAAGGCUUGUUGGUAAGUCACCAUUAUGGGGCCAUUUAUUAUGGAAUGCCGGUAUCUUUACAGCUGAUUAUCUUGAUGAGCACGCUGAUGAGUUGGUGAAGGGAAAAGAUAUUUUGGAAUUGGGAGCAGCUGCUGGGCUACCUUCGUUGAUUUGCGGUAUUAACAAAUGUAAGAGAGUAGUCUGUACUGAUUACCCAGAUCCUGAUUUAAUUUCAAACAUCCAGCAUAAUUUUGAUCACUGUCAGGGACUUGAUUUGUCGAAGACUUUGGUUAAAGGUUUUAUAUGGGGAGCGGAUGCUAAACCAUUAAUGAAAGACACAGAAAAGGAAAUAGAAGAGAAUGACAAGUUCGAUUUGGUUAUUUUGUCAGACUUGGUUUUUAACCACACCGAACACUUGAAAUUGUUGCAAACAUGUAGAGAUACAGUCAAGAAGGAUGGGAAAUGUUUAGUGGUGUUUUCUCCUCACAGACCAUGGUUAUUGGAGAAGGAUUUGGAAUUUUUCAAGACAUGUGAAGACUUCGAGUUCAAGGCCGAAAAAAUUGACUUGGUGACCUGGAAGCCUAUGUUUGAAGAAGAUGAGGAGACCAUUGACAUUAGAGCUAGGGUAUAUUCGUUCUUCUUGGUGCCACAGUGGUAG